AUGGUGGACACGGUGGGCCACACGGUACUCCGUGCGGUGGACCACAUGGUACUCCACGCGGUGCACACGGUGGGCCACACGGUACUCCGCGCGGUGGACAACACGGUGGACGACAUGGUACUCCACGCGGUGGACACGGUGGGCCACACGGUACUCCGCGCGGUGGACAACACGGUGGACCACAUGGUACUCCACGCGGUGGAUACGGUGGGCCACACGGUACUCCGCGCGGUGGACAACACGGUGGACCACAUGGUACUCCACGCGGUGGACACGGUUGGCCACACGGUACUCAGUGAGGUGGACAACACGGUGGACCACGUGGUACUCCACGCGGUGGACACGGUGGGCCACACGGUACUCCACGCGGUGGACACGGUGGGCCACACAGUACUCCACGCGGUGGACACGGUGGGCCACACGGUGGAAAACCUGGUACCCAAGACACUAGACAUCCAGGUACCCAAGACACUAACCAUCGCCAAGGUAACCCACACUGCCCCAGGCGUCCAGAGUCCCGGCGCCCAGAACCCCGGCGCCCAGAACCCCGGCGCCCAGAACCUCCGCCCAGAACCGCCCAGGCGCCCAGUGCCCCGGCGCCCAGUGCCCCGUCGUCCAGAGCCCCGUCGUCCAGAGCCCCGUCGUCCAGAGCCCCGUCGUGGUCCAGAGACCCGUCGUCCAGAGAACCGGCGCCCGGUGCCCCGUCGUCCAGAGACCCGUCGUCCAGAGUUCCGGCGUCCAGAGACCCGGCGCCCAGAGUUCCGGCGCCCGGAGACCCGGCGUCCAGAGAACCGGCGCCCGGAGCCCCGGCGUCCGGAGCCCCGGCGCCCGGAGUUCCGGCGCCCGGAGUUCCGGCGCCCGGAGUUCCGGCGCCCGGAGUUCCGGCGUCCGGAGUUCCGGCGCCCGGAGUUCCGGCGCCCGGAGUUCCGGCGCCCGGAGCCCCGGCGCCCGGAGCCCCGGCGCCCGGAGCCCCGGCGCCCGGAGCCCCGGCGCCCGGAGCCCCGGCGCCCGGAGCCCCGGCGCCCGGAGCCCCGGCGCCCGGAGCCCCGGCGCCCGGUGCCCCGGCGCCCGGAGCCCCGGCGCCCGGAGCCCCGGCGCCCGGAGCCCCGGCGCCCGGAGCCCCGGCGCCCGGAGCCCCGGCGCCCGGAGCCCCGGCGCCCGGAGCAGGAGACUGGUGGAGGUGGUGCUCCAGUUCUGAUCCCUUCACCUCCUCAGCCGUCAUCUGUGUUGCCAUCUACAAACUAA